GGGUACCUCCCUAUCUCAGCUAAACCUCCUCUGAACCAGGAGAGCAGACCCAGAUCCCACUACCUUCAUGAGAGCUACCGACAGGAUGGGGGCCAGGGCAGGGGCCAAGCUGAGGCUAGCACUGCUGUUUGUACUGGUGCUAGGGACACCCAAGUCAGGGGUCCAGGGGGAGGAAGGGCUGGACUUCCCUGAAUACGAUGGUGUGGACCGUGUGAUCAAUGUGAAUGCAAAGAACUACAAGAAUGUGUUCAAGAAGUAUGAGGUGCUGGCCCUCCUCUACCAUGAGCCCCCUGAGGACGACAAGGCCUCCCAAAGACAGUUUGAGAUGGAGGAGCUAAUCCUGGAGUUAGCAGCCCAAGUCCUAGAAGACAAGGGUGUUGGCUUUGGCCUGGUGGACUCUGAGAAGGAUGCAGCUGUGGCCAAGAAACUAGGACUAACUGAAGAGGACAGUGUUUACGUGUUUAAAGGAGAUGAAGUCAUCGAGUAUGAUGGUGAAUUUUCUGCGGACACUCUGGUGGAAUUUCUACUUGAUGUCUUGGAGGACCCUGUGGAAUUGAUUGAAGGUGAACGGGAGCUGCAGGCAUUUGAGAAUAUUGAGGAUGAGAUCAAACUCAUUGGCUACUUCAAGAGCAAAGACUCAGAGCAUUACAAAGCCUACGAGGAUGCAGCUGAAGAGUUUCAUCCCUACAUCCCUUUCUUCGCUACCUUCGACAGCAAGGUGGCAAAGAAACUGACCCUGAAGAUGAACGAGAUUGAUUUCUAUGAGGCUUUCAUGGACGAGCCUGUGACCAUCCCAGACAAACCCAACAGUGAAGAGGAGAUUGUCAACUUCGUGGAGGAGCACAGGAGAUCGACUCUGAGGAAACUGAAGCCUGAGAGUAUGUAUGAGACCUGGGAGGAUGAUCUGGAUGGAAUCCACAUUGUGGCCUUUGCAGAGGAAGCUGAUCCUGAUGGUUACGAGUUCUUAGAGACUCUCAAGGCUGUGGCCCAAGACAACACCGAAAACCCUGACCUUAGUAUCAUCUGGAUUGACCCUGAUGACUUCCCGCUGCUGGUUCCGUACUGGGAGAAGACGUUUGACAUCGACUUGUCAGCUCCACAAAUAGGAGUUGUCAAUGUUACAGAUGCGGACAGCAUAUGGAUGGAGAUGGACAAUGAGGAGGACCUGCCUUCUGCUGAGGAACUGGAGGACUGGCUGGAAGAUGUGCUGGAGGGUGAAAUCAACACAGAGGAUGAUGAUGAUGACGACGAUGACGAUGAUGAUGAUGAUGAUGACGACGACGAUGAUGAUUAGUUGCUGUGGCAACCACCUACCAGCCCCACUUGCUCUUUACAUGUACCUUCCUACCGUCCACGCACUUCCCUGAGCUCCUUGGGACACUAGGUCAUUCUCUACUAUAGGGCCAACUGUGGUCUAUAUACAGGGUGCUUGAGGUCCUGGUGUCCCUCGAUGACAGAAAAGGAGCAGCUUUUCCUGAGAUACCAGCUUUCAUCUUUCUCACUUCUUAUCCUAUACCUUCUCUGUAUCUGUUUCUCUCCUAUUACUCCCCAUACUUUCUGAUUCUCUUGCCCUCUCUUCUCUGUCCCUCCUAUCAACACAGUCUCCCACUUUUCAAAUCUUAAACCUUUAUGACUGUCCUGACCCUGGCCAGGAGGAAGGAGGUACUGUGUUCAGGGAUAUAUCUCACCUAUCUUUUGUUAAUGUAUUUGGGUCAAACACAAGGCCUUAAUAAAGAGAUCUGGGGCAGAAUGAGCAAGCGUCUGUUGUUGGAGUCUCACCCUCAUGGCAGGAGGGAGGUGACCAUUGGACGGGAGAUUUAACUGUGAGUUCCUUGUUAGGAGUGAGCUGGGGGGCUGAUCAGCAGGGGUGGGGGGCUUUCUCCGGGCAGUUAUUCCAGGGAAGGCUGGAUAUUUAUCUGCCUCCAGUCAACGAGCCUUUUCUGAACACAUGGUGUUUGUCCAGUGCUGUUGUUGGGCUCUGGAG